CACACUGCUUGCUUUCUCCACCAUCGAGGCGUACCAUGGCUUCGACUGCAGAGGAAAAGUUUCAACUCAUUACCCGCAGGCUAGACGAGGUCCUCGGCGGCGACCUGAUCAAGGCGAUAUUAGCCGAGGGCAAGACGCCCAAGUGCUACUGGGGGUCCGCACCCACGGGACGACCCCAUAUCGGAUACUUCGUCCCGCUUACCAAGAUCGCGGAUUUCCUCCGCGCAGAUGUGGACGUAACCAUCCUAUUAGCCGACGUCCAUGCUUUCUUAGAUAACCUCAAGGCUCCGUUGGAGCUCGUCGCCUACCGAACGCAGUACUACAAGAAACUUCUCCUUGCCGUGUUUACCUCCCUAGGCAUCCCCACCUCAAAGCUCCUUUUUGUAGAAGGAUCAUCCUACCAGUUGAGCAGGGAGUACAACCUUGACAACUACAAGCUCUGCACAAUCGUGACAGAGCACGACGCGAAGAAAGCUGGCGCCGAGGUCGUAAAACAGGUGGAGAGUCCGCUCCUUAGCGGUCUCAUCUACCCUGGCAUGCAAGCUCUUGACGAGCAAUACCUCGACUGCGACUUCCAAUUCGGCGGUGUCGACCAAAGAAAGAUCUUCACGUUCGCAGAGCUCUACCUCCCUCGCCUCGGCUACCGCAAGCGCGCGCACCUCAUGAACCCUAUGGUCCCUGGUCUCGCAGGAGGCAAGAUGUCCUCCUCAGACCCGAACUCCAAGAUCGACUUCCUAGACCCGCCCGAGGUCGUCCGCCGCAAGAUCAAGAGCGCCUUCUGCGAAGAGGGCAACACCACCCAGAACGGCGUUCUCGCCUUCGUAAAAGCCGUGCUCAUCCCCAUCAGUGAGCUUCGCAUCGAGCGCCUCCAAGGAAAGACGGGGGCGGACGCGGAGGAGGGCGCGGGGGCCGUAGGCGAACAGACCCCCUUCGUCCUCGAGGGCGCCCCCGAGGGCACCGUGUUCUCGAUCUUCCGGAAGGAGGAGCAUGGCGGGUCGCUCCACUACAGCAACUUCGACGCGCUAGAGGCAGAUUACGCAGCGAAGAAGGUGCAUCCGAAGGACCUCAAGACGGCGGUCGCGGACGCGAUUGUGCGGUUGCUGGACCCGAUUCGGCAGAUGUUCGAGGCGGACGAGGAAUGGCAGAAGGUCGAAAAGCUCGCCUACCCAGAUCCUAAUGCGAAUCCGGAGAAAAAGAAGAAGGUCAGAGUGUACCACCCCCCUCCCCCGGGCAAAGGGAAGAACACCCAGCCCGCGGAGACUACCGCAGCAUCAGAAGAUGGGGCGCAUUCUGCAGCAGAGGCUGCCAAGCAGGAGGGUUCGUCAUGACGAAGUAAGGCAGAAUGUUUCCGUUGUUGUAGCCGACCCGGUUCUGUAUCAACGCGGUUGUGAGUCAUAACAGCCCGCGAUAGUUGAUUUUGGUACAGGAAGCGUUGUUGCCACGACGGGUAUUGCGAGCAGAUCGGAAGAAUACAGAUCAAUCAGCCAUGUUGAACUACAAGAUCUUGUUCACGAUCGACAUGCAUGGAAUGUCGUAG